AAUUAUUUGAUAUCUUCAUUUUCAUAUCUACAGACGCACCUUUUAUAGCCACUAGCCCCGCUCACACCACAGCAGAAGCCCCAGGGGUUUAAGAAAUGGGCAGCGGCGCCACCAGGUUCUUCCUACUUCUCACCCCUUCUCCUCUCCUCCACCGCCGCUGUUCCUCCCUCCUAAGUCUCUCCCACCGCCACUACCGUCGCCUACCAUCCUCUCUCCAUCACCAUCAACAUCACUCCCUCUCAUCCACAUCCCCACAUCCCGCCACCACUAACCGUUUAUUCCCGCUCAAAUCCUCCCGUGAGCUCCACACCCAACUCUCCUCUCUACCUCACUCCUCUUCUCCCUUUGUCUGCCAACACUUUCCUCAGUUUCAAGCGCUUCUUGAUAAUCUCUCUGCUUCCGGCUACUUCAAUCGACGUAACGAGACUGAUUUCGAGUUUUUGGUUGCUCAAGAUUUUCCGGAGGAUUUCUUACGCGCUGCCAAUGCCUGCUUGUCAUUCGCGCGAGAUCGACCCAGUUUAUUAGGGAUGGUUUCGAGGAGAGAUGUUGAGGUGGUAGUGGAGAAUACGACGCCAUUUCUUUUUAAAAAUGUUGAAGACUCGGUUAGGAGGAUGAAAUCGUUUUUGGGAAACAAUGAGUUGGAUACUGAUAAAGCAAAUACAGUUGAUUUAAUGAAGUUUUUGUUGAGUUGUGCAAGUAAUCUCACUGCUUUUUCAGAGGCAAAUGGUUUGAACAAUAGGGAUCUGGUUGAGUUAUCUGUCAGAAAUCUUUUGGGUGAGUUGGCCAGGCUGAGCUGCAGAACUCCGGAAUCAAACCCUUCUGGGUCAGUGCAGAAUCAGUUCCCAGACAGAUAUGGACAAACACCAAGGCCCUUUAGUCAAAACAUAGAAAUGAAAAGAGGUGAUUGGAUUUGCCCCAGGUGUAGCUUUGUGAACUUUGCAAGAAAUGUGAAAUGUCUUGAAUGUGAAGAAGCAAGACCCAAAAGACAGCUGACUGGUGGGGAGUGGGAGUGUCCUCAAUGUGACUUUUUCAACUAUGCGAGGAAUACAAUAUGUUUGAGGUGUGAUUGCAAACGACCUGGAGAGGUCUCGCUUGGUAUGGCAAACAACAGGUCAGGUCAAGGAUAUGGAUAUGGGAACCAUGAAAAUAAGGUUAAUAUUGAUAGCAGGUUAGCUGCUAAUGAAGAGAAGGCACAACAGUGGUUUAGUAAAGUUUCACAGCUUGACAGUACUUCCGAUAUGAGCAGUGCCAUAGCAGAUGAAGAUUUCCCUGAAAUUAUGCCCCUGAGGAAAGGAGUUAACAGAUUUGUUGUGAGCACUAGGAAGACUCCCCUAGAGAGGAGGCUUGCCAGUGCUCAGUAUAGAAGAAACAUGGGCAAUGAUGGCACACCUGAGGGUAAUGAUCUCCAGAUGAGGGAUAUGAAAAAGAGCUUUGACCCAAAUUUCAACCAGAGCUUAGAUGAUGAUUUCCCAGCUACUUAUAGUUCAGGCUCAUCACAGUAUGGGAAUAAUAGAGGAAGUAAUUCUGGUUACGUUCCAUUUGUGCCGUUAUCUGCAGAUAUGUUUGCCAAAAAACCUGAAAGUGUUAAGGUAGAUGAGAGCAUGCAUACACGGUCUGGCAGCUACCAGUCUAAUGCUUCAAGCACUCGUGAACAAACUGGUGCAUUUUCUGGUGGCAAUGAUUAUGUAAAUCCUGAUAAAAAGAUGCAGCUUUCUGGAAAGCCAGUAAACCAGAAGGAGAUGAAGAAUAAAGAGAAUGAACAAGCUGAAAAAUCUGAGAGAUGGUUUAAGAGGGUUGCUGAGCUGGAUGAUAUUACUGAUCUAGCUAGUGAAAUUUCUGAUGAGGAGUUUCCUGAGAUCAUGCCAAUGCGGAAGGGAGAGAACCGGUUUGUAGUUAACAAGAAGAAGGAUCGUUCUCUGACGUCACCAAUGUACAAGAGACAUAUGGCAAUUGAGCAAGCUAAUGAUUCUAAUUUUGUUCCAUUUGUCCCCUUCCCACCUGAUUACUUUGCUAAGAAGGACAAACAACAUCCAGAGGAAGCAGACAUGACUGCUAAAGCAGCAGAAGAAGCUACGAAUUCUGCACUGCUGGGGAAAUUGGAUGAAGCUAGACCACCAGUGCCUGAUAUGGAUGGUAUGCAGCAAAUGGAAAAUCAGCAGACCAGUUCUAUGAGCUGGAAGUCAAAACCUGCCGGGGAGAACUUUAAGGGUCUUUGGACAAGUGCAGCUUAUGGGACAUCAACAAACAAAGUUUCAACCCAGAAAUUUAAUAGUCCACCACCAAUGAGCAAUGAUAAUUUAUCUAAACUGACUGACAGCCCAAGUAGCAAGGUGGUAAACGUAUCUGGGAGUGCAUCUAAACCAACUGCAGAUGAGGAUAGCAGAAAGAGCUGGAGUGGAAAGAGCUUGGAGGGUUCAGCAGUGAAGGAACCAGACCCUUUGGAUAUGUCAGAGGAGGCAAAGGCAGAGAGGUGGUUCCGACGUGUUGCUCAGAUAAAGGACAUAUCAGAGUUGAGCCAGAUUCCUGAUGAAGAUUUCCCAUCUAUAAUGCCAAUGAGGAAAGGAGUAAACAGGUUUGUUGUGAGCAAGAGGAAAACUCCAUUGGAAAGGAGGUUGACAUCUCAGCAGUACAGAAGAAAUCUUCCAGUUGUAAGUUCUGAUCCAACAAAGAAAGAAAAUGACAGUAACUGAGUAUUUCAUUCUUUAGAUUUAAGAUAAUUAGUUUGUUAUCAAAAUUUUGUUCUUCAUAGACAUCUGAGAGUUAAGCCAUUGUGUAUAAAAAAUGGUACAUGUUGUAUUGCUUGAUUUUGAUAUGAUUCAGGGGACAUUGACGCCGUUACGGGUUUAGCUAAUGCAUCACUCAAAUGAAGCAGUUUAAGCUUUGA